GCGUGGGCGAGUUUUGAAAAUCUUGCCGACGAUGGAAGCUGCGCUGCAGACGAUCGCGGCGAUCGAGGCUGCUGCCAAGGACGGCCAUGGCGGCCUCGCGCUCUUCAUCAUUGACCCGCAGGUGGACUUCCACCCGGGUGGCUCGCUGGCGAUCCCGACGGCCAACGACGACGCCGAGCGCACCGCGGUCUUUAUCCGCAAGCACAUGGGUGCGAUCACGCAGCUCGUCAUUACGCUCGACUCGCACCAGCGCCUCCACAUCGCCCAUGGCGUCUUCUGGAAGGAUCUGGACGGCGUGUCGCCGGCGCCGUUCACGCUCAUCACGUCUGCGGACGUCGCCAGUGGCAAGUGGUCGCCGCGGGCGCCCGAACUGCAGGCGUAUGCGUACGAGUACACAAAGGCGCUCGAGGCCGGCGGCCGCUUCACGCUCUGCAUUUGGCCCGAGCACUGCAUCAUUGGCACGAAGGGCCAGGCGAUCGUCGAUGUCGUGCACGACGCGGCGCUUGAGUGGUCCCGCGUGAGCCGCCGCCCGAUCACGUAUGUGCAAAAAGGCAGCAACUGCUACACUGAGCACUACUCGGCGCUGCGUGCGGACGUCGAGCUGCCGCACGACCCCGAGACGUCGCUCAACGUCGGUCUCAUUGACGCGCUCAAGACCGCGGGCGUCGUCGCCGUGUGCGGCCAAGCGCUCUCGCACUGCGUCAACUUUACAGUGCGCGACCUAGUGCAGCACUGGCCGGCGGGCCGCGCGAGCGACAUUGCGAUCUUGACCGACUGCACGUCGCCCGUCGCGGGCUUUGAGUCGAGCGGCGCCGACUUUAUCGCCGACAUGAGCAAGCUUGGCGUGCGCUUCCUCGACUCGACCAGCGACGCGCUCCUUCUACGCUCGCCCCGCAAGAAGGUCUAAGUCACGCGUUGCAAGCUGCGAUUUCAAUACAUGCGCGUUCAUUCGUC